CAAACCCCCAGGUGGAGAAGAUGAGCACCUCGGCGUUUUCCCCCUGCGGUGGGCGCCACUUUUGUCGAAUGCUGCGAUCAGCUAAUAUUCUUGCGCGGGCCGUCGAGUGGAAAAGAAGAAAAAUAAUAGCUCGUUCCGACUGCGAGUCAGAGUGGUGUAAUCGAAGUUCCUUCUCGUUGAUGGAUCGGGCCGGUUCCGAGUGAGUGGCGUGCUUUGCAUGAGUUUUCGGGGAUGUCUUUUAGUUCCGAGUGCAGUGAAUGUCAGUGUGCGGAAAAUCAAUUGGGUGUUUGUAUGGUCUUGAAUAUUUGUAACAUUUUGAGAUAAGGGUCGAUUUGCGGAGGAUUUUACAUCAAGAAUUUCAGCAGAUAAAUGAUCACCAUACGUAACCGUUCCAAAGUGAAUCUAAUUGAAUAACAGAAAUCAGCCGAGUAUAGAAAUAUACUUAAUGAAUCAUCGAGAAGUAUGAAGUCAAACCUAUUCAUUCACAUCGUUGUGCUGGUGUCCCUGGUGCGGGCGGCAUCCAAAUACUACGAUGGUCCCAUCCGGCCUUACGAAUUCGGUUUCAACAUCGAAGGUCAUCAACAUCGGAAAGAGUCGAAAGACAUAAAUGGCAUCGUUAUGGGAGAGUUCGGCUUCAUCACAGCUGACAAUGUGUACCACGUAACGGUUUAUGCCACCGACGAAAAUGGAAAUUUCAAAAUUGUCAGCAUGAAAAACUACAAACUGGGACCGACAGCUCCCCCAACAACCACCAGUGCACCUACGACUACACCCAGUACAACAACAACCACAUCGACCACUCCGCAACCUUUUAGAAUUAUAACCACUGCCAACCCACAAGUAACUCCAAAGUCUUCGGGUUAUGCUGCCUGCUCGGGAUGCAAAAUUCCGGAAACGACAACUGUGAAACCCUCAACGGAACCAUCACUGCCAGAAACCAGCACCUUGUAUGUUCCUCCGUUCAAAAUAGUGAACAAGAACGACAUCGAAAGCGUUACAACGACCAGCAAACCGAUCACUACCACCCCUAACGAAAGCCCCAAAUCUUCCCCAGAUGAAACACCUCAAAAACUCGUCGAUAAUCCGUCCGCUUCGAAAGCUCCCAGCUCGAAAGAGUCGACAAAGCCUCAAUCCCCCGAAGAUAUGCAAUCGGUCAGCAAAACACCGUCAACUCAAUCACUCCAACCACCACCCUCUGACGGAGGUGGAGGCAGUGCUAAACCCAACGAAGCUUCCAAUGCAAAGCCAAUUUCUUCCAAACCUACCUCCUCAUCAGCAAGUGGUGGAAACACGUCCAGCUCUGGAGGCAAACUUGACCACAUCAACACCGCCAACAUGAUGAUUCAGCAUAUCCUCAACGGACUCCUCUACCGGUUCAAUUACACCGUCGGUUAUCAUGGCCACCACGAGCAAGGAGACCGCCAGGGCAACAAGGAAGGAGGAUACUUUGCCGUUGGCCGGGAUGGCAUCCGGCGUGUCACCUACAAAGCGAACGAGUUUGGAUUCCAGCCGCACAUCAAGUUCGAAAAGGUGAGCCCAGAGGAAACUCCGCGGGAGGAAACGGAGAAGCAGGCCGGACUCAAAGGAUUCGACUUUAAGUGGUUCUGGGGCGAAUCGUGAUUGAGUGAAAGGAGAACCAGUCCGAAUUAGGUGAUAUAUUUUUAAGAUUUAGCGUGUAAGCAUCGUUGUAAAAGAAUAAUACUCAGAGUCCCGUUUCGACUUGUACAUAAUCAUAUUUAUAGCGCAUGUUCGAUAUUAUAGUCUAAAUUUUGCGAAAUAAAAAAAACAUUGCAAA